AUGUCAUCAUACUUUAAUGGAGUCAGAAACUACUUUGGAUUUAACAUUUCAGAAGAAAGCGAAGAAAGAGACCUGGUUGAUGAAGAAAUACCGUAUGUCCAGUACCCACUCAUCACAAGAGAACAAAUGAAAAAGCUAGCUCAGGACAAGUUCAAAUUUGAUUUUGGCUAUGCAUCUUUUGGGUUUCAUUCAGACUCAAUUGUACCAUCAAUAAAUUCACUUAGUGAUUUGACUGAUCCAACCCAGUUGAACUCGCUUCUCCCGAGAAGAAGACCAGAGGGUUCGCCAAGUGACACAUUGAGUAUUAAAGCAGGAGAUGAUACCAUGCUUGUCUCUCCUUCCGUUCUUGCUAUUGCCGAUGGAGUCAGCGGAUGGGAGAGUUCAGGAGAAUUGGCAAACUCAGGUAUUUGGUCACGAUCCAUUGUGGAAACUUUUAGUCGUUUAAUGACAGAGUACAAAAUUAGUCACGCUCCCCACCACUUGAAGCGUCGCGAUAUUGAAGAGAUCUUGGAUGACUCGUUUUUACAUACUUCGCAUUUGAUGGAUUUACAAAAAUUGAGCGGAUCAUCAACCUUAGUUUUGGGAAUGUUGAGUGGUGACAUGUUGUUGAUGAUUAGUAUUGGUGACUCCAAGCUUUUCAUCAUUAGAGAUGGCAAAAUACUUCUUACAAACAAGGAGGAAACAAGCGAUGGCUUUUGUCCUACACAAAUUGGAACAAAUACAAUGUCGAAAAUGCCUUCCGAUUUUGCAUGGAUUGAUCUGGUGAAAUUGAAAGAAGGUGACUACAUUGUCAUGUGUUCGGAUGGAAUCACUGACAAUUUAUACGAAAGUGAAAUUAUAAACUAUUUGGACGAGUUUAUCAAUGCUAAAAAGAAUAAUGUGAAGACAAUUGCCAACAAGUUACUCAUCAAGGCAAAGGAAGUUGCAUUUGACGACUAUGCUUACACUCCAUACAAUGAAAAAGUUAAUCAAACAUUGAAUAAAGAUUCAUCAAGAAAGCCACAUAGUAUUGGAGGAAAAGUUGACGACAUGUCGAUAGUUGUUUCCAAAGUUGUCAAGAACAAUAAACAAAAGUGA